CCAGCGCUGCGCAUCUCCAAUUGGUUCUUCUCUCCCAUCUGUCCUCCAAAAUUGGGGACUUAAAUUUCGGCGUCAUGUAAGAAAUCUUCUCCUUCCGCUGAAACCAUCUGUGUCAAAUUAACUCUGGUUUGCCCUUCCCGACGUCUCUGGCCACCGAGUUCCUCUUCUUUUCUUGUCGAAACUUAGGUUUUCGGCCGUGAAGAGGAGCGAUGGGGAUUCUCUAUGGAAUGGUGGCCAGAGGACACGUCGUUUUGGCGGAGUUUUGCGCUACGCAGACCAAUGCGAGCGCCAUUGCGAGGCAGAUAAUGGAGAAGAUGAAGCAGGGAGACGAUGAUAGCAAUGCGUCCUAUUCUCAUGAUCGCUACAUCUUUCACAUCAAGAAGACCGAUGGCCUGACCGUUCUUUGCAUGGCCGACGAAGCCUCUGGAAGGAGAAUUCCUUUUGCAUUUCUCGAAGACAUUCACCAAAGAUUUGUGAAGACUUACGCUCGUACAAUUCUCUCAGCUCCUGCAUAUGCCAUGAACGAUGAAUUUUCAAGGGUUCUAAGCCAACAUAUGGACCAUUUUUCCAACGAUCCAAAUGCAGAUAGGCUGAACCGCUUAAAAGGUGAAAUGAGUCAGGUGAGGAACGUGAUGAUAGAUAAUAUUGACAAAGUAUUGGAGAGAGGUGACCGCUUGGCUUUGCUGGUCGAGAAAACUACAAAUAUUCAAGGAAAUGCAGUUCGAUUUAGAAGGCAAUCACGUCGCUACAGAAACACCUUGUGGUGGAGAAACUUCAAACUUUCAUGUUCGUUGUUUUUCAUUUUUACGAUGGUCCUCUAUAUUGUGCUAGCAUUUUUCUGCGAAGGACCCCUCUUGCCGUCCUGCUUGAAUUAAGUGAAUGCAGAAGAGAAGACGCAGCUAAGUGACCUUUACCACUUGUUCGAAAACACGUGCCUUAUUGUAUCUAAGUUGUGCACUGAAAUAUAUGCAGUCUAAAUCUUGUCCUGCAAAAAUUUACGCCAA